AUGCGUUUUACGCCCUUUGCUCUUGCUUCCACUUUUGCUAUUGCUGCCAGUGCUGCUACUUUGAACCCUCGUGCUAGUGUCGAAGUUCAAUCUUGUGUCAAUGAUUUGACAUCUCUUCAGGAUCAGCUCAAGGCCACCUCCAACGCUGUCAAUACCUACCUUUCGGCUGCUGGCUCUGAAGGUGCUGUUGGUGUGCUUAACAGUGAACAAGCCCUUAUAAACGCUGUUGAUGGAGCCAGUGCUAGCUGCUGUACCAUUCAUUCUGCUGUCUUUGCUGAUGAAGCUGCUUCUUUCAUUUCUGUUGCUCAAGUACUUGCAGUUGAUGUUGAAAGUGCCUUGAACGCUAUGAUUGCUAAAAAGGCCGAAUUUGAUGCUGUUGAAAGUACCACACCUGCUGUCAAGGCUGAUCUUCAAAAGUUACAACCCAAGGUGAACACCUUGACUGGUUGUAUUCUUACUGCCAUGCCUGAAAGCCGCCAUAAUGAUGUUACCGAGUAUAUUGCAAAGAUUAACUCUGCUUUUAGUGACGUAAAUACCGCUUUUGAAAAUUAA